GUCACGUAUUCAUAGCAGCAAAUUGCAGGAACAACUUCUAAUCUAUUCAUCCAGCAGGACAGACUAUCAGCAAGAGAAAUCAGAGCAAGCAAGAAACCAGAGUUAGCAAGCUGUGAAAGAGACCGAGACAAAAAGACAGCAUGAGCACUUCAGGCAAAGUCAUUAAAUGCAAAGCCGCUGUUGCCUGGGAGCCUAAGAAACCAUUUUCCAUUGAGGAGGUGGAAGUUGCCCCCCCAAAGGCACAUGAAGUUCGCAUUAAGAUUUUGGCCACAGGGAUCUGUCGCUCAGAUGACCAUGUUAUGAGUGGUGCAUUAACUGUACCUUUUCCAAUAAUUCUUGGCCACGAAGCAGCUGGUAUUGUAGAGAGCGUUGGAGAAGGGGUGACUUGUGUGAAACCAGGAGAUAAAGUCAUCCCGCUCUUUGUUCCACAGUGUGGAGAGUGUAGCUCUUGCGUAAGCCCCAAGGGCAAUCUCUGUACUACAAAUGACCUUGGUGCAGUUCGCGGACUAAUGAAGGAUGGCACCACUAGGUUUACCUGCAAAGGAAAACAGAUUCAUCAAUUUAUUAGUACAAGCACCUUCACUGAAUAUACAGUGGUGCACGAGACAGCAGUUGUCAAAAUUGAUGCAGUUGCUCCUCCGGAGAAAGUGUGUCUGAUCGGCUGUGGAUUUUCCACCGGUUAUGGGGCUGCCCUCAAUACUGCCAAGGUGGGACGUGGUUCUACCUGUGCUGUCUUCGGUCUGGGAGGAGUUGGCCUCUCCGUUGUCAUGGGCUGUAAAGCUGCUGGGGCUUCCCGGAUCAUUGGGGUUGACAUCAACAAAGACAAAUUUGCCAAGGCUAAAGAGUUAGGAGCCACCGAGUGCGUCAACCCUCAGGACUUCACAAAGCCCAUUGAAGAUGUGUUGAGGGAGCUGACUGGUGGUAAUGGUGUGGACUAUUCCUUUGAAGUCAUUGGACGCACUGAUACCAUGACAGCUGCCCUGGCAUCCUGCCACAUGAAUUACGGAAUGAGCGUGAUUGUAGGAGUACCUCCGUCAGCGUCACAGAUCACCUACAAUGCGAUGCUGCUCUUCACUGGACGCACCUGGAAGGGGUCUAUUUUUGGAGGCUGGAAGAGCAAAGAUUCUGUCCCUAAACUAGUUGCAGACUACAUGGGGAAAAAAUUCAACCUGGAUGCAUUAAUAACCCACACUUUGCCUUUCGAUAAAAUCAACGAAGGAUUUGAACUACUGCGGGCAGGGAAGAGUAUCCGCACUGUCCUGGUGUUUUAGAAGUGUGGAAAGUCUUGGAUGAUUCUUUGCUACUACUAGCUGAGUAAAAUGGACUAAAUGAAAGCUGGAGUCAAUCUGGACAGAUUUUUGGAGG